GCCAGCUCAGCAGCCGCCUUCCGGUGCUGCGAAGGCGCGGUGGGCGGUGGGUCCCGCCGAGCCGGGCCCCCUCCCCUUCCCCUUCCCGGGGCGGCGAGGACAAGGAGGACGAGCAGGACGAGGACUGCGAGGCGCCGCGUGCCGCCGCCAUGCUGAACAUCUUCCGCUCCAUCCCCACGGAGAUGGACUACAAGGGCCAAAAAUUAGCAGAACAGAUUUUUCAAGGAAUCAUUCUUGUCUCUGCUAUAAUUGGUUUUAUCUAUGGAUACAUCACUGAACAGUUUGGGUGGACUGUCUACAUAGUUAUGGCUGGCUUUGCUUUAUCGUGUUUGCUAACACUCCCUCCGUGGCCUAUGUACCGCCGCAACCCUCUGAAGUGGCUACCAGUCCAAGAGUCAGGAACAGAAGAAAAGAAGCCAGCAGACAGAAAGCCAAAGAGACAUGCUAAAAGCUAAAAAUGUAGUUUUUCAUGCUGUAACUUUGUUAAAUUUUGUUAAAUGCAGUUCCACUGGGAGAUA